UGACCGGUUAACUGUGAGAAAAGUACCGACUACCGAGAGCUGUGUGGUAUACGGUUUCACGCGCGGCACACGUGUUCGUUCGCGUCCGUUACGCGAUUCCGGACCGUUCGGGAUUAACAAAAAUGAUAUAAAAUAUUCACUAUAAUAUUAUUAUAAGCAAACGCGUGCGAACGCUUUUUUUUAUUUCUGUGACGUUAAUAAUAAUCAUAAUAAUAAUAGUAAUAAUAAUAAUAAUAAUAAAAGAAACAACCGCCGCCUGGUCUCUUUUUAUAUCCGCGUUCCAAUACCCGAGUUGACGCGUUUUUGUUUUUAAAAAAUCCGAUGUGACCGUAAACGACGCGACUCGGUGGAGACGAUCACACGUAUAUACGCUGACCGGACUGUAAAAAUGUACCGAUGUCGAACAAUCAAAACCAACAAGACGACACCUCGAUCGUUGAAAACCAAAAACUGUCAACACAGAUCGGAGGAACGUCAAUACUGUUGGAACUGCAAUAGUCGAAUAAGUCCUCGAUGCGGCCGACGGCUGAGCAGGCACUUGGCCCGCUCUGUUUCGGUGCCUCCAACGAGGAACGUCCAUAAAUCAGUGCCAUUUAUUAUUAGAUCUAAGUCAAUGCCAUACCGCGAAAAGGACACCAGAAAAAUGCCAACGAACUUCGAAAAUUCUUCGAUCAAGACCUGCUUCUCAUUAUCGUCGCUGCACCCCUCUACGGUCAAUGUAGAGGAUGGACAGCAAGCGGCGCAGAGACCGUACAACAGCCUUACCAAAAAAAUCAAGAAAAAUGAGACCACAAAUCAGGAUUGUUGGAGAGGUGAUAGUAGUUACGAGUUCUUGUCCAGUCUGAGGACAAGUUAUCAGUAUCUGAUGGACAACAACUUGAUCGAAAGCUGCAGAGAAGUUGGAUGUGACCUUAACAAUACUUCACCGAUUCAGGAAUGGAAUGUUGAACGAUUAAAUAUCUACAUCAAAGAGUUAGAAAAAAGUUUUUGUUCAGGCUCUGAAUCAAAACCCAAUAGUUGCAAUUUGACAGAAAAUAUAUUAUCACCUAAAAGACUGAGUAUGAGCGAAGAAGUUCGUAGACUGAAUAUAUUGCGCCAUAUAGCGCAACUAUCCAAAAGACUGCCACACUGUCGAGAACCGUCAUUGAACCAAAGCUGCUCGUCCAUAUAUAAUGCACAUUACUUAGAAGUAAAAUCAAAUUUGAGAUCUCUGGAUCAAUGGAUGGCCCAAAUGGAGGCGAGAUUAAAACCCAAUUAUUUCCGAGUCAAUUGGAACCGCCGUGAAAUCAGGCAAAAGGCAGAAGAGCACAAGUCUAUCCAUACUGACAUUGAAUCAAAAGGCAAGUGCAUCCGGUUGGUGCUGAAAUACUGCAAGUGGCUAGCUGACGAACACCAUCAACCUACGACUCCAGUACAUCAAGAAUUAGUGCAAACUGUACCGCUGGUAACUAAAAAAGCGAAGAACUUCGAACAUCGCUGGCAGCUGUUGUACAUAAGAUCGUUAGAGUGGAUCUGCUUCAUUGAAAGUCUGACCGUGAAAAAAUGUCGAAAGGACAGCAAUAGUUCUUCGGAUUGUGACGAAGAACCGGUUCAUAAAUGUCCACGGUUAGUCGAUCAUAAGUUGUCAAAUUCUUCAGACGGUGAACAAGUCAACAGUGAAAUGGAAACAAAGACUUCACCAUCGCCAGUGCUCCAAUCUGAACGAAUGUCAUUCGACGAUACGGCCAAUUUUCAUAGGUCGGAUAGAAAGGGCCCAAACUUGGCAACUUUCUACUACAGACAUUUAGAUACGGAUUCGGAACAAGAGUCCCAAAAGAAGUCUAUUGUGGAAGCUGAAGUAAAAACGUCAGAAUCAUCGGAAGAAGAAGAAUGGACAUACAGUGCUAGCACAACAAAAGAAGUUAAGAAACCAGAAGUACCCGUAUCUUUGGCAGAAAGAGCCAACAUAGAAGAAAUUAAAGCUCUGGUUGAAAACGUCAACUGGUCAGUUUCUAAGAACAAACAAUCUGAAAAACUUUGGAUGUCUGGCUGUGGCGUGAAAAGAAGAAUUUUCCGACAUGAAACGGUCGAUCCCGAAAACGAAGAUUUCAUCGGCGAUAGUUGUGAUGCUAGUGGUGAAUACACUACAGAAGACGACGAUCAGCAUUUUAACUCUGAUAAUCAUUCGCAUUCUUCGAGGUCAUGUGAUAUAACCGUAGUGCAAACUCAGGAAUUGGAUUUUUCUUCAAGCCCAGGAAAUAUAAACGAUUGCAAUUCCCCAAAGGUUGAAUUGAGACCGAAAACAAAUACUGGAAAUACAUUGAGACCGGUCAGCAUGUCUGGUCUUCCCCAAAGCAGUCCCAAGGCUAGACUUCUAACGGAGUCCUGUCAGUUGUCUGUUUCCGAAUCGGCCCUCAACCAUAUUUCUCAUGAACAAGUGUCUGUGAAUGGCAGAGACUCGUCUACCAUCGAGGAAUCCACUGCAACUCAAACGCAAGACUGCUGUGGAUCGUAUAACACCAAUUCACUGAGGCGACGUAAACUUAAACACAGAAGAAAGAGUACCGUGGAGAGAAAAAGUAAAAGUGGGUCAGCCGACAGCCUGUCAUCUAUUGUUAAUUCUGUUACCUACAACGAAAUGAUCACUUCUGAUUCAUUUUCUGGCUCUUUGGGCGGAAAUACUCAUAUUGAAUCUUCGCAACGUGUGGAUUCGGAAACCGAAGAAGAGGUUACCAAAGAUUCAAAACGCCCGGCCGUGCGUAAGCGUCCCAUGAAAAUGCCGGUGUUCCGUCUAGGCGAAUUCGGUGCCGUCACUCCGAGAGAAAAACGUUUCCCAAUGACCGCUCAACUACCGUCGGGUACAACCACAGACUUUAGUUCGUUUUCCGAACAGGCUUGGGACAGCUAUCAGGAAAAAUACUUGAGUGAGCCCUACAGUGAGGACCCACCAGACCCGGAAUCGGUCAGACGACUAUUGGACUUCGGUGACGAUUAUAGAAAAUGCUUUGAUAGUCAGUCUGACUGCGCUUCCAGCAUCGGUAGACCAAGUUUUCUGGACGAUGAAACUUUUGAACAAGAUUCGUCAGAUUCCGUUCGUAAACUCAUCCUUAGGAGUCGAUUGCUAUUGAAUCAGCUUUCUAAACUCGUCGCUUAUCCGAAUUCAAACCUUACGGUUUCAGAAAUUGGUCAGUUAAAACAACGGUGCAGAGAAAAUGAAUACUGUCUCCGUUUAUGUUUAGAAGGAAUCAAAGAUAGCCAAACGUUUGUUUCAGGCAAUGAUAUAGCAGAAAUUGAAAGUAUGGUCAAAAAGUGCGAACGUUUGGAACUGGAUAUCUCGAAACAGGAGAAAAUUCAAUUGCUUAAGACCGACAUAGCCGCAAUCAAAAGUCGUCUGAUGUCUUUUAUGCGUAUUGAUCGACUAGACAGCAACAUACAAAACAAAAACGAACUCCAAGCCUUACUCCAUACUGCUAAGACUGAAUUAUCAAGUUUGGAUACCUAUUGGAAUGGUCGCAAUAUAGUGAGCAUCACCGAAGAGUUAAACAGACACUUCAACGAGUUGAACAAUUCAAAUACUGUUUUAAAUCAUAUGAAUAAAGAAAUUGCAGAUCUAUAUUCUAUUUAUACUAACACUAGACAGAGAUUAGAAAGUGAGAUAUUAAGAUAUCAAAAUGCAUUGAUCACAUGGGCCGAAUGUGACAAACAGCUAAUGGAGCUUGAGAUGAAAUUUAAAGGUUUUGGUGACAAUGGUAUUGUUUGCGGAAACCAGAAGUCUGGAUGUUUUGGAUCAGCUUCUGACAGUGGCAUGUCAGAUUCAGGUUCAGAGCAUGAACUUCAUGAACAUGAAAAACGAUUGGUUAACCUAAAACAAUUAGCUAACAAUUUGAUGACUAUUAUGACUCCUGGCAGUGAAGCACUAUCAUCAAUACUAGCUAGGAUAGAGAAUAAUGAAAAACAAUUGAAAGAACUACAGCAGACCUGCAAAGACCUCAUAGGAAGAUCAGAGCUUUGCAUUGAUGAUGAUAAAUUGGAUGGCUGUGAAAGCCUCGUUAACACCAAUAUUGUCGACGCGGACCUAGCGGCGGAGGAACCUAUCUCGGAAACGCCUGUCAACAACGCACGUUUCAGGCGCAUGAGCUGGAUCGCCGGCACGUUCUACUUGAUCGUCAUGAUCCUGUGGUCGGUCGACUGGCUGGAACCUCAGUGCUGUGACCUCCAGAACAACUACAAAUGGUCGUUCGCCCUCGGUCUCCGCUACAUAAACGGACCGCCGCCGACGUGAUUCUCGCGACACCGGAAUUUUAUAAUGUCGCUCCUUCCGAAUUGUUUUUUUUUUCGUUUCUGUUUUUGUACAUAACUUAUGCAUACUUGUUAUUUCAAUAUCGCCGUCAGAUACGGGGACGAUGACGGUUUGGUAAUAAACCGUUUGAGAGGAUAGUAUAGUCUUCUAUACUAUAUGUUUUCGCUCUCAUCCGGCUCACUUUAUCAUGUCCUAUCAUCAAAAUCAACAACAUUCCUAACAAUUAUAAUUUACCUUAACUAUAUAUAUAUAUAUUAAAAUAAAACGAAAAUGUUUUUUUUUUUUUAAAUUAUUAUUUUUAUGUAUAUUUUGAAUGAUAUAUUAUUACUAUUUUUAUUGGAUAUCGUUUAGAACGAAUAUUUGAAAUUAAUGUAUAUCUUAUAAACGCUUAUUUAUCACCAUCAUAAUAUAUGUAUAGCCUAUUUUAUCGAACGAGUUCGACAUUUCGUUCAAUCGUUUCGAUUCGUUUUUAUAUAGUUUAUUUCGGUUUUUAAUGCAGACCAGUGGGGUAAUACUUUGUUUGCUGCGGCGAACGAUUGCUCUUACUUUAUAUUGAUGUUUUUUUGUAAGUAUAAAAAUUAUUGUGAAACAUGUUUGUAUUAUAUAAUAUAUAUAUACUUCAAAUUAAUGUUACACACUCGAUAGUACUAUCAAGUCAAAACAUUUUAUUCUGCAGGUUUAUAGUCGCGUGUUAAAGCACACUCCGUUUUUCAAUCAAUCUUGUCGUCACUGUAUAAGUAUGUCAGGAGGGUGUAGUUUUCCAAAUGUUAUUUUUUUUAAUUACCAUUAUCAUAGUUAUCCAUUGUUUUUUUUUAUACACCGCAUGUUACCAGUUUAAUUUUAACAUUAUAUAAUAUACAGAGUACAAAAGUUUUAAAACCUUAUUAUAAUAAUAUUCUUGUCGAGACGAGAACGUUUGUUUUACCCCGAUUUCAUUUGUAUAAAAUAGUAUUAUAAUAUAUUUAUAUGUCUUCCACAACGCGGUUCGACACAUAAUCGUUUCUGUCGUAUAAUUCGAAAUACACAUUAUAUGUAAGAUGUAACACAAUAAUUCGAUGACAAUCUAAUUCAGUGAUCAUUUUUUUUUCUUAGACGUAAGUUUACGAUUGAAGAAUCAAGUCGAAUAUUAUAUAAUAUUGUAAAUAUUUAUUGGAAAAAAACAAGAAUAUUAUUUCAUAGUAUUUAUAUAAUAUUUAUAAUAUAAUACGCGUGUGUAGUUAAUAUUAUAUAUUAUAUAGUUAUAAAACCGGGUAAAUAUUACAAUAUUUUAUAUGUGCUCUCGUGUAAAACCAUAACUUGGUCAUCUCUGAUGUCUGUUUUAUGAUAAUUAUUAUUCACUCUUUCUACUCCCACAAUAUAUAUAUAUAUAAUAUAUAUUUAUAUUAUUAUUUAUCGAUGGCGAUAAUUUUAUCUCAAUUUUUUACGAUUUGUCUAGUCUCAUUAUUUUAAUUUUUUGUUAUGUUAUAUAUAUUUAUAUACCUCGUUACAACAACGUUCGUCCGUCUGGACGGACACCAAUCACAUAUAGGUACAGCACAUUGAUUAAAUAUGAUAUAAUAUGGAAAAGUCAAAUAUAUUAUAUUUAACUAAUGUACCUACCAUAUUAAACCUGUAACGUUUAGCCAAGAGCUAUUGUAAUACAAUAUCUGACUACAUCGGAAUUACAAAUAUAUAUUAAAUAAUAUAUUUGUGGGUGCAGAUAGCAUUUAUGAAUAGAUAUAUUUUAAUGUAUAAACCUAAGUUUUUUCUAUAAUGUAAUAAGGUAUACUGCAUUUUUUUAGUCGCGCUCUGUAGCGACGGUAACAUAAAAUAAUAUUAUUUGUAACUGAAUUUAUUAUUAUUAAUUGUAUUUUCGAUUAAUAUAAUAAUAAUAAUAAUCGUUUGACUAAUUUAUUAUUAUUAUUUCGUAUUUUCGUUAAGCGUAAAUCAAGUAUAUAAUAUAUAAGUAUAGUCGUGACGUUGUCGUUGUGACGCGUGUCGGUUGUCCGUAAUACUUGUACUUAAAAAUAAAUAAAUAAUGAUAUCAAAAUCGUUUUGCAUAAUAUGAACACUGCAACGAUAUUGGCGUUUGAGUAAAGGGUUUUUUUUUUACGUAAUAUGUAAUUAAUCUUUAUUCAAUAAAAUAAAUUAAUUUAUUGUAUUACACAAACA